AUGGUAAGCUAUAUUGAUGAACAGAACGUAAAAGAGAAAGUACAUAAAAAGUUACUAAAUAAACAGGGAUGUAUAGAAUUAAAGGAAAUAGAUGAGUUAUUUAAUAUAAUAACAGAAAUUAAUAAAGAAAGAAAAAUAUUCACAGACCUACCCGACCCAAUAAGCAAUUUAGCAUAUAAUAUACUGUAUAUACAAAUAGCGUAUAGAAUUAUAUUUAAGGAGUAUAAUGAAGAUUAUGUUAUAUCAGAAAUAAAAGGGUCUAUUAAACAUAUAGACAUAGUCAUGGAUAUAAUCAUAAAAUCAGCAGAAGAACUACAGGAUGCUAAUAAACAAGCAUAUUAUGAAUUAAUGGGAAAUAAUCAUAUAAUUAUGGCAGAAGUAUAUAAAGUCAGAAGUACUUUCUAUGUGUAUUCUAUUGAUAUACUCUGUGAAAGUAUAGAUAUACCAGAAAUAGAUGCUAGAAUGACUUCAGAUGAUGUGAUGAUUAAACUGUGUGAAUUAACUGAAUCAGGAGAGUGUUCUAGGUUACAGAGAGCAUUAGAUAUACUAAUGAAACACGGUAAUAACCUAACCAUAGCAGAUAAAAUAAUAGACCAAUCAAAUGCACAUGAAUUAGGCAUAAGUAAUGAUGAUAUUAAUUCAUUACACCUACUUACAAAACUACAUAAGUGGACUAAUAGUGAUUUUAACAUGUUUAUAGGCCAGUCCGUAUAUAAAUCAAUUUAUAAUGAAAUUGAUAAUCCAGAAUAUGAUGAUACUUUAUAUAUUAAAUCCCUUUAUAAUUUAUAUGUCAUGGUGUUUAAUAUGUCUGUACUUAAAAAUAUAACAGAUACUGAAUCGUAUAUAAAUGAGAAUGUGAAUGACAUUAAAGAAUUAAUAAAUGAACUAAAGCAUAAGAAAAGAAUGAGAAUUUGUCAUGAAAUUACAGAAUCAAAAGUAUUCAAUGAUAUAAUGGAAUACAGUACGUAUAUAAAAAUUAGACACUUUAAUAUUGACAGUUUUAAAAAUAACGUAAUUAAUAAUUAUUUAAAAUAUGCAGAAUCUAUUAUUUCAUGUAUUAUAAGUAUGCCCAUGCAUACAGAAAAUAUAGAAUUAUCAGGCGGUAAUAAUGAAAUAGUUUAUAUCAAUGAACCAGAAACCACAGAAGUACAAAGUACAGAUUAUUCUAAUACAGAAGUAGCUAGUGCACUUUCUCCAUUAUUAAUUUCAUCUAAUACACUAACUGUUAAUAAUCCUUUAUAUUAUAAUGCGCAAAGAGAUAAUGAACCAGAAGAAAUAAUAGUUAAUGAAAAUACAGGAAAUGCUAAUUCUUGUUUAUCUCUUAGUACAGAAUCAACUAAUACUUUCUGGAAUAGUAAAAAUAUAGCAAUUAUAGCAAUAUGUAUACUUAUUUCUAUAAUUAUUCUUAGUAUAUAUUUAUUAUACCCGAAUGAAUCGAAACAAGUUUGA